AACUUUUGGUUGAACAAACGAGUCUUCUGGACUACACAAAAUUCUCUGGGAAAGCCAGGAGCCAAAUUUACCUCGUGUUUUGAAAUGGCCGCAGAAGUGGAUUGCGACGCUAUGAAAGCCGAAAACAUCCGUCUACGACACACGUUGUUCGUGAUGGUCACAGAUAGACAGAAAAUGGCGUCCAAAUUAACGGGCGUUCAGAACCUUGGACAACAACUGCAGAAGAAAGAAAUAGAGAAUAGUAAUCUUAGAGAAAAAAUUGAACGGAUAGAAGGUUCUCUGGCGAGAGCAGAGAACAGAAUAACUCAGUUAAGUCUUCAAGCGGGCAACGGCCAACAUUUGAGCGGCCAAACCGCCAUUGUUACGCCAGGAGUUUCAAAGAAGGUUUUAGAAGCAUUAACUCGCGAUAAUACAAGACUAAAACAAGCUCUGGACCACUUAACCAACAGAGGACCAGCCGGAGUUGACUUGGCAGUGGUAAGUGAAGGUAUUUCUUUCUUUUGCAAAGGGAGGAGCUAGCGAAUCACAAAUUUUAAUCGUUAGGUAAUCAUAUGUUGUUUGUGCCGUGCGUGCGUGUGUUUUUCUUAUUCGGUUCGACUCUUAACAUUUCACAGAAAGUCUCAAGAUAGGAGUACGAGAAUGGAUAAGUAUUCCUUCAGCAAGUAUUCAGCAAAAUACUGAGCUUGAUAUAUCAGUUUCCUUUCAGCGUAAGUUCUCUAUUAAUGGUAGGGAAUUUUCCCAAACCUGAAACAAACAACGGGAAGGGCGCCACGCAUUCGCGAAAAAAUCUGCUUUGCUAAGCGCUUUUUUUCUGCACGUAUUCGCUCGUCUUCAAUGAUGGUGAGGUUAGAUUGUUCUUUCGGGAUAUUUCAGAGUAACAGCAAAUGCUUUAACGAGGGGAAGGGUUUGAAAUUUGGUUUUUCGUUGUGGUUUCCCUAUGAUGAUAUAUGCAUUUUUUUUUUUCAUCAAGAAACCGAAAGUAAGGUAAUUUGAAUAAGGAAGGAUUGUUCAUAAGUAGGGGAUUCCCCGUUUAUUCUUGCGUUCUCCGAUUGGUCGUUUUCAAGUAGAUGGCCCAAUAAUUACCUGAUAUGGUGCUCGAACAGGUUUAUACUUGUUUCGGUUUCUGCACUUUCAUCAUUAUCCUUCAAAAAUUUGUUAUUAAUUUUUUAAUAAAUGCUUGAGAAGCAAAUCUGAGUGAAGAAACUAAAUUAUCUUACUCAGCUUUUAGAUAACAAUGAGUUAGAUAACAGGGUCCUGAACGUGCUUAAGCAGCAAUUGAGUAGUUCUUGAGAGAACCCUCUCAGAAUCUUCAAUAUUUUCAUUUUGUAUUUGGAAGAGUUCAACAAUUUUUUUAUUAUUAUUUACCAACAAUGAACUUCAUUACAUUCAGGUCAAACGAAAGUCUCAAAACAAAAAUAAAUCACAUCUGAGACAUAACCCUGGUUUGAAAUGACAAGUGCUGGGUCUGUCCUCAGUAUUAAGUAAGGUGUCUUUUUCAUCUUUUUUAGCUGCUUUUCAGCUUAAGGUUUUUUUUUUACUAUUUCUUUACUUCUUUUUAGCAAAAAGGCUUUUGAAUUGUAUAUCAUUUUGUUAAUCAAUUUUCAAUCAUUUUUUGUUUCUCCAGGAGAAUAAGGAACUACAUGAAAUAAUCAUGAACCUUAGAGAUGAAAAGAACAUGAAAAGCAACGAAGUAAAAGAAUUAAAAACAGCUCUAAGUGCUGCCCAUGAAGGCAACAUUGAAUUAAUGAAAGGUCAAGUGCUGCGCCUCACUGCAUUGGUCACAAAGCUUGAGAGAAACCUCAAUGCGAAACAAGUGUUUUGUGAAACUGUGGUGACAGAGAAUGAUUCAUUGAAGAAUGAAUUACAGUCUCUUAGGGAUGAUAGGGUAACUAGAGUGAGAGAUCUAAAGAGAGGACUGGGCCAACUGUCAACACAGCCAGAUGUCCGUAGAAUUUUGAACCAGGUGUAUGAUACUCCAGAUGGAGACCCAGAGGUAAAUAACCAAACCCAAGUAGUCUUUAUCAUCCUUUCUUUGUUUUGUACUAUUUUCUAGUUCCUUUGUGUUUGUCUGAAGAUGAAAAUUGAUUACUUUUUAAUUGAUUUACUUGUAACAAACAAGUAUUUCUUUAGGAGCUCUAUAUUUUUUUCAAACAAAGAUACAUUAUAGUGGAAUAAUGAACAAGAGAACACAUUAGUAAACACAAAAAUGUUAGGGACUGGUAGCCAUGGUUUCUGUAAUUUGUUGCUUGGAGACUCUUAUGAAUUUAGAAUUUAAUGACACAAAUGAUAUAAAAGUUAACUAGAUCAUAUUUUUGGUUAACUUUCUUUUCAUAUCUACAUUACAGGAAUAUGCUUCUUCAGAAGAGCUUACCACGCUCAAAGAGGAGGUUUCAAAAUUAACCAGGGAAUUAGAGGCUAAGGCUCUAGAAUUGAACAGAAUGAAGGAAGAACAGACCCAAUCAAACGAUCUCCACACUGCUCAGCUUAAAUCUGUAAGUUAAGUUUAUAAAAGUUAUCUAUGGUGAAGUUAAUAUGAGUUUGAAGCCUUGAAAAAGUUUUUCAAGCACUGAAUUUACUUAGCAUCAAUUGCUUUCAUGUGAUAUGUUAUAUUCACACUUAAAUCAGGUUUGAUAUCCAAGACACUAACAGAGUUACAUAGUGUAUUUGUUAUGUGCACACAACUUAAUGGCGAUCAAAAUAACCUGACAAAGUUAUGUUGUAAAGGAAUGAAAUUUGACAAAAUAGAAAAAGACUUAAAGUUUAUGGUUGAUCACCAUGGUCCUUGUAAAUAACAUGCAUGCAGGCAAUUGAACUAUAGAGACAAAUUAGACAAUUAUACAAUGUGUUUCUCAGCGACCACUUUGACCUAAAAAAUGAAUUGUAUCUCUACAUCUAUUGAGACUGUUACUGAAACCUAUCUUUCUUUCAUCUUUAUUUUUAAGUUUGAAGAAGGGCAAGCACAGAUGUUACGACAGCUACAUGCAUUGAGUGAUGAACUAACAGAAGUGAAGAGAGAUCGUGCAGAAAAAGAUAUACAACUUAAAGAUAAUGAGAUGGAACAAGAACUCAUGCGAAAUGCAGUAAGUGAAUGGUUGAUAUACUUUUUGCAAACAAUUAGUCCAGGGGUUUAUGCUCAGAAGUAAAUUCUUAGAUGUCUGAUAUGUUACUCAUACUUGUAAAUUUUCAAGAAAGUUAUGUGAAAGUGAUGUUAAUUAAAACUUAUUUCCUUUACAGCUUGAAGGCUAUGAAAAUGAUUUUAAGAUGGAAAGACAAGAGAAGGUCAAGGCCUUGUCAGAUCGUGAGCAGGUGUCACGUGAAAGGGAUCAAUUCAAGCAACGUUUCGAACAACUAAAGCAGGAACACAUUGGCUUGAGACAAAACAUUGAGCGAAUGUACUCAGAAGCUCAGAGACAGGUGAGAGCCAUAAACUUGUUUAAAGAGAAAUGAGCUAUUUCAGUAUGGCAGUUGUGUUUCAGUAACUGUUCAACAAGGACAAUUUGUUGAACAAUCAAGAGCUUCUUUAGUUGGUGAUCAUUUCCUUUAUUCUUAUGACCUUAUUGUUUGAUUCAGAAGUGAUAUGGUAAGGAGAAAUUAGAUGCUUAUCACUCCAAGGGGUUUAAGAGUUAAACAAGAUUUUAGGGAAUGAAAAUGAGCUGGACAUAGUUACAGGUAUGUUGGCAUAACUCUGUACUAAUAAAAUCAUUCUUUGCAUUGUUUGCAGCAUGCUCAAGGUCAAAACAGACUUCCAACUCCAAGCCGCCCAUGUGCAGCUCAAGUUCAGGAACCAUGGCAACAAGUACAUGUAAGAAUAAUAAAAUUUGUUCUAAUCAACUUGAUGUAAACAAUACAAAGCUCACAGAUUUCCUUGAAAAAAGAGUUUUUUUCAUGGCAUAAGUGUAUAGAUCUUUUUUUUUUGGCUGUAAUAGAGAUUCUAAUGAAAAUUGAGAGGCCUCCCUUGAAACAGCCCCAUAUGCAGAUUGUUGCAUGUGUUUUUUGGUUGUUUCAGUUUGCUUAUUUUCUUGUUUUGCUUUGUUUUUAAUUAUUGAUUAACAUGACUUUGUUUGUCAAUUCAUAGCAAAGUCCUAUGAGAGCUAGAGCUUUUGGAAUGGAAGUGAAGGCUGAUGGACCUGGGCCGGAUGUGACAGACUGCCCAACUUCUCCGCCGAAGGAUGCAAUGCGACGUUUUACCAGCCAAGGAAGUCAGUUACAGUGUCCCAACUGUAGAAAACUUUUUCCUCAUGAUCUGCUUGAAAAUCACAUGAGAGACUGUACAGGAGAUGAUUAGCAAUGAGUCUAGCUUACACAAGGAAGAUGAGUGUACGAUCUGAAAUGUCUUUGACAGGAAUGGAAUGAUAGCAAGAUUAAAGAAUGUGCUAUGAGCAUGUGGCUGACCUACUGGAUGUCUGAAACCACACACUGACUGUUGUGGAUUUGGUGAGAUACUUGUUAUCAUUUUGCUCAUGUGAUGUAAUCCAAAUAUGAAAACGGUGCAGCCACACAAGGAAAGGGUGAAGAGAGAGACUGGUGUCCUGUGGUACCCAAUGCUUACUGAGGGGAUACAAAACAAUGCCAAGUGUAAGGGUACAAUGCUAUGAAAGUCAAGUUAUGAAAGGGUUUGCUGUUUGAUGCUAGCAUUAUUGCUAUUGCUAGCAAAUAGCUCCCCUUGUUUUCAAGCCAGAUUGAAGAGAGGAAGACACUUUUGGCUUGAAGGAGUUCUGUGAGGUACAGUUCUUUGUUCAAUGAUAAGAACUGUGGAAGCAAUUUUUACAUCUGAUUUACAAUGCAUGGAGUUCUGAUACCUACACAAAUGCUUUUGAUCAGUAAAAGAUGCAAAAUGUUUGGAGAAGAAAUGUUCAAAGGUUUGUAAAGACUACAUUUAGUUUUACUCAAAAACAUCAUAGGGGAGUUAUUGAAUGAAUCUCUGUUUUUAAUCAAUAGAGAGGAUGAAAUUAACUCCUUCAACUGUUAAGUAAGAUGAUGUCAACUGUUAAGACUGCCAAAAAUAAGAGCAAGCAAGAAAAGCACUAAAACAUAAUUAGUUAGAAGUUUUCAAUUAAAAGAAAAGAGUCAGAGACCUGCUCCUUUCAAAUAUAUAUAUUUCUGCAAAAUACCGCUAGAGAAACUAAUUUCUCUACGUUCGCUUCAACGUUGUACAUUCACUAUAAAGAACAAUACAUUUGUUAAUGACACUAAAACUACCAAAUCUAAGCAAUUUUUUUGAGAACAAUGAUCAAGAGAAAGCAAGAUAAAUAAACAUAUGUAAUCUUGUUCCUGGAAAGGAACUAGUAAUUUGGUAGAAGCUAGGAGAAGAUACACUUUAAA